AUGUGCCGGACUGGACUGGGGUUGGAAUGGCUACUGGGCGCGCUGGCUGGUUGUUUGUUUGCGUUGUCUAUCCACGUGCACGUGCGGGCUAGUCUCUUGACCGAUGCCAAGCCAUUAUAUGAUUUCUGCCUAUCACGAGGGCGAAAGCAUAUGAGACAGGUCCUAUGGUUGGAGGUCGAAUUAAGCUUGCCUAUCAGUUCAACUGGUGUGGACGAGCCGGGUCCACGACCCGUCAUGUUGUACCUACAGCGAGGGAGCUUUAUUGUCAACAAAUAUAUUCCUCUUGGUAAUACUCCAGGUCAUCGGCAUUGGUCAUUAUCAUAUCAUGCGCAACGGCUUGGUGGGGAGGGGAUGAGAAUUCUGUGA